GAGGCGCCCAGAACACAGAAACACUGACGACGUGCAGCUCGAACCCAAACAUUUAACCUGAUUAAGGCUGUUCAGUGAGACGUCUUGGUCACUUGGAACCGGACAAUGAGAGCAAUACUGGUCCACUCUGUGACCUGACAAGGAGGUGGUGUGUGUGUGUGUGUGUGUGUGUGUGCGUGUGUGUGUGUGUGUGUGUGUGUGUGUGUGUGUGUGUGUGUGUGUGUGUGUGUGUGUGUGUGUGUGUGUGUGUGUAUGAGAGAGAGAGAGAUAGAAUGUGUGUGUGUUUGUGUGUUUGUAAGUGUGUGUGUGUGAGGGAGAAAAUGUGUGUGAAUGUAUGCGUGCGCUUGUGUGCGCGUGCGUGCGCGCGCGCCGUGUGUCUGAGGAAAGGAGAGAGCAACAGAGACAAACGGCUGAGCUGGAGAACAGAAGUGAGCAGUGAGCCGGAGAGGAAGAGAAGGGGGGAGGUAUGAGAGAGUUUCAGAGGAGAUAGAGUGGGUUAGUGUUGUGGGAAUGCGUUGGUGAGGAGUGAGAGUCAAGCGGAGGGAAAACAGGCUUUUCUUCUGUGGAGUGUGAGCGAAAAGCGACAAAGCAGAAAGAUUCCUCCAGAUCGAGAGGUCGUUGUGUCUACAAGGUAAGACGCGAGGUGGUUCGGCUGUUACGCGGACAAAGUGACGCCCCCCCCCCCCCCUCCGCCCUCCCAACUGCCUCCUGGAACACACUGCGGGAGAUGCUGAACUUGCCGCCUGCCUUGCGCCGUCCUCUGCGUCGCGGCGUCCUUCCAACGCCCGGGAAGAGGCGUCUGGCGCGGUGACAUGUGAGGACACGUGAAGCAUGGCAUAUGAAGAUGGUUUCUGCCAAGAAGGAGCCGGUGAAAGCGAUGAGCCCCAGUUACACCUUGACUCUAAUCUACUUUUUCUGCAUGGCUACUUGUGUAAAGAAAAUAUCAGGACAAACCAAAAAGGAUGAGAGACUCUAUCCGGAGAAUUUCACCCGCAUCCUGGACCGACUCCUGGACGGCUAUGACAACAGGCUGCGACCUGGUUUCGGGGGUCCUGUAACUGAGGUCAAAACAGACAUUUACGUGACCAGCUUUGGGCCCGUGUCGGAUGUUGAAAUGGAGUACACCAUGGACGUGUUCUUCCGGCAGACCUGGGUGGACCGCCGGCUGACGUACGAGGGUCCGGUGGAGAUCCUGAGGCUCAACAACCUGAUGGUCACCAAGGUGUGGACCCCCGACACCUUCUUCAGGAACGGCAAGCGCUCCGUCGCCCACAACAUGACCGCACCCAACAAGCUGUUCCGCAUCAUGAAGAACGGCACCAUCCUAUACACCAUGAGAUUGACUAUCAGUGCUGAGUGUCCGAUGAAGCUAGUGGACUUUCCCAUGGACGGGCACGCCUGCCCCCUUAAGUUUGGAAGCUAUGCAUACCCUAAGACAGAGGUGAUCUACACAUGGACCAAAGGACCUGAGCACUCGGUGGAAGUCCCCCCAGAGUCGUCCAGUCUGGUCCAGUAUGACCUCACUGACACCGUCUCCAGUGAAACCAUUAAAUCCAUCACGGGUGAGUACGUGGUGAUGACGGUUCACUUCCACCUCAAGAGGAAGAUGGGCUACUUCAUGAUCCAGACGUACAUCCCCUGCAUCAUGACAGUCAUCCUCUCCCAGGUGUCCUUCUGGAUCAACAAGGAGUCGGUGCCGGCGCGGACUGUGUUCGGCAUCACCACGGUGCUCACCAUGACCACGCUCAGCAUCAGCGCGCGCCACUCGCUGCCCAAGGUGUCCUACGCCACCGCCAUGGACUGGUUCAUCGCCGUCUGCUUCGCCUUCGUCUUCUCCGCCCUCAUCGAGUUCGCCGCCGUCAACUACUUCACCAACGCCACGCAGGAGGGCAAGAAGAAGGCCGCGCGCUGCCCCCCCCCCGUCCCCCAGAGCACCCCGGUCCGGACCCUGGAGCCGGAGGGGGCCGGCGCCCUGCAGAACCGCGACUCCAACGGUAACCUGAGGAAGAGGAUGAACUACGCCUCCCAGCAGGACGUCCACGGGCCCCGGCCCGGCCCCCACUCCCUUCCGGGCGGGGCGGGAGGGCGGGCCCGCUCCCGGGCAACCCCCGCCCACGCAGCGGCGGCGGGCCUCGACGGCAGCUCGUCCACCCUGUCCCGGGGAUCCAGCCCCAAGUCGGAGGGCCAGAUCAGCGCGGCCUCCUCCUCGGUGCAGCUGGUGAUGCGGACCGCCCAGCCCGCCCCUGCCCCCGCCCGGGCCGCCGCGCCCGACGUGACGGCGGAGACGCCCUCCAAGCAGCAGGCGGCGGCGGCGGCGGCGGCGUCCUCCUCGCUGCAGCACCUGCUGGGACCCCGGCUGGAGCGCGUCCAGGCCACCCGCAAGGAGCCCAAGCAGUCGCCCUGCUCCCAGCCCUCGGCCGCCGGCAUGGGCGGCACCAGCAAGAUCGACAAGUACGCCCGCAUCCUGUUCCCCGUGUCCUUCGGCGCCUUCAACAUGGUGUACUGGGUGGUGUACCUGUCCAAGGACACGGCGGUGGCCGCCGGAGGGUGAGGGAGGGGCGUUCUCCUGUCGGCGGGACGCAGGGGCGGAGAACCGUCAAUCGGAGGGGAGAACCUCGCGGAUUAUUGUUCUAUGGAUCGUUGCUGAGCUCCUCUGGGAACAGGGGAUGGAACCGUGCUGGACGAGGUACUCCAGAGAGCACACCAUCGGGACGCCGUUGUUCUUUUCCCGAGCCGGUUGUUCAGGAAAAGCGUAGAGUUUGUGGUCGGCGGGAUGCGGUGAACGCCAUUCCACCGCGAGACGUUGAGGGAACUGCCCUGGCGAGGACGCCAUCUUCUGUUUGAAGCGCGGUUCACUCGCGGUGACUAUAAUUGACGUCUGUAACAAGCAUGAGGGACAUACAGGCCUGGACAGAAACACUGCCUGGACCUCCGAACACAACACCUGGAAUAACACACUGCCCCUAGCUCUCUUCCUACUGGGGUCCUUGUGACCGGGCCCUCAGAGACUCCCUCCAGGUGCCCCACUGGGCUCCUUGUAGUUGGGGCCCUAGAGACCUCCUCAAGCCCCCCCCCCCCCCGGGGCCCUGCGGGGAUAAGCAUGGCUCUGUUUCUUAUCUUUUGUAUCGUGGGAGGAGGAGCUCCGACUACACAAGGACCGGAGAACGUCGUGUAGAGAGGUUAUGUAGACCGGUUGAUUAGUUAAGAUUAAAGCAUUUAUACUUAAAAAGUCAUAGUCAUAGAGAAUUAUAAUCAUAUUGGCUGUGUUGUUUUGGUACGUUGGUUGUGGGCUAGGGGUUGAAAACUAUUUAUUGGCUCAAAACUUCACUUUGGAGAGACAAGCAGUACAAUAGUCAUAUUAUUUAGAGCACAGAGUACCUAAAAGUAGGCCUAGAAAAUGGCAGGAUGGCAUUACUUAGUUUAUCAUUGAUUAUAUUAAAUUGUUUGUUAAUACAUGCAUUUACACACAUCCCCCCACCCCCCCCCCAAACACACACACACACACACACACACACACACACACACACACACACACACACACACACACACACACACACACACACACACACACACACACACACACACACACACACACACAGACACACACACAGACACACCCAUACAAACAUCCACACCCACACAAACA